CUGGUGAUCUCGGUGCUGGAUGCAAACGACAACGCGCCCGAGUUCAAUCACUCGAUCUAUAAAGUGCAUUUGUCCGAAGACGCCUCCGACGGGGCGCUGGUUGUGCGCGUGAGUGCUACGGAUCGAGACGAGGGAAUGAACAGGCAGCUGUCCUACAGAGUAAAAAAGGUAAUUCCUCCCACUGGAACAGAGCUAUUCGUGCUGGACCGACAUACAGGGGAGAUAAGACUCACGAACUCCCUUGAUUUUGAAGACGCACGCCUUUAUGAGAUACAAGUGGAAGCGACAGACAGGGGUACGCCUCCCCUUUCGGGGCACUGCAAAGUGGUGGUGGAGGUGCUGGACGUGAACGACAACGCGCCGGAGGUGUGGGUGACGUCGCUGUCGUUGCCGGUGGCCGAGGACGCGCCGCUGGGGACGGUGGUGUCGCUGCUGAGCGUGUCGGACCGUGACUCGGGGUCGAACGGGCGCGUGCGGUGCGCGGUGUGGCCGUCGUCGCCGUUCGGUCUGGUGUCGACGUUCGAGGGCUCGUACUCGCUGGUGCUGCGUGAGGCGCUGGACCGGGAGCGUGUGUCGGAGUACGAGGUGGAGGUGCGUGCGGAGGACGGCGGGACGCCGCCGCUGCGCGCCCGGCGCGCCCUGCGGGUGCCGGUGUCAGACGUGAACGACAACGCGCCGGCGUUCGCGCAGGCCGUGUACACGGUGCUGGCGCGGGAGAACAACGCGGCGGGCGCGGAGCUGGCGCGCGUGUGGGCGCGGGACCCGGACGAGGCGGGCAACGGGCGCGUGAGCUACUCGUUGUGGGAGGGCGCGUCGGCGUCGGGGUCGCGCUCGGCGUCGAGCUACGUGUCGGUGGACGCGGAGAGCGGGCGUGUGUGGGCGCUGCAGCCCUUGGACUACGAGGAGCUGCAGGUGCUGCAGUUCGAGGUGCGCGCGGUGGACGCGGGGGAGCCGUCGCUGAGCGGCAACGCCACGGUGCAGCUCUUCGUGGUGGACGAGAACGACAACGCUCCGUCGCUGCUGCCGCCUGCGGGGGGCGGCGCGGGCCCCUGGGCUGGCGGCGCGGGAGAGUCGUCGUCAUCUUCGUCGGGGUGGUCGUUGUGGGCGUGGGCGUCGUGGGGUUCUCCUGCGGGGCAGGUGGUGGCGAAGAUCCGUGCGGUGGACGCGGACUCGGGCUACAACGCGUGGCUGCGCUACGAGCUGCAGGAGGCGCGGGGCAAGGGCGCGUUCCGCGUGGGUCUGUACAGCGGCGAGGUGAGCACGGCGCGGGCGCUGGAGGAGGCGGACGGGCCGCGGCAGACGCUGCUCAUCGUGGUGCGGGACCACGGCGAGCCGGCGCGCUCCGCCCCGGUGGCCAUCUGCGCGGUGUCGAGCGUGUUUCUGCUGGCCGUGGUGCUGUACGCGGCGUCGCGGUGGUCGCCGCGGGCGUCCGUGCUGUCGGGGCCCGGUCCGACGACGCUGGUGUGCGCCAGCGAAGUGGGGAGCUGGUCGUACUCGCAGCGCCAGAGCCGGAGCGUGUGCGUGGCGGAGGGCGCGGGCAAGAGCGACCUCAUGGUUUUCAGCCCCAAAUUCCCGCCACACGCGGGCUCCGCGCUAAAGGAGACGCCGCAGGAUCCCGCUGCUCUCCUGGACACG